AUGUAUGUGAGUGAGGGGAUCCUCUGUGCCAGUGUAGAAGGUGAUGCGGAGGGGCUGGAUUUCCUUCUCCUGGUGGUAAUUAAGGAUGCGUUCGGUAAAGGGCCUAUGUCGUGGCUUUGCCUAGAGGGGUUGGUGGUUGCGCUGCUGCUCAUUCUCCAGGCGUUGGACCUUCUCAAAGAGAAGUCUCAUUGCCGGGUCGGCAUGAGGGAGAGUCUCGGGUGCUGGAGGUCUGGUGUGUGGGUGGCUAGGGGCUAG